AUCCGAUCCGCGUCCCCGUUUUCCUGCCUGUCCAUCCCCCCCAAUCCCCGAAUUCAGCUACUCUUUCUUCCAUGCGACCUCAACCGUCUUGACUUCCACUGAUUAUAUAUACCGAGUGUUGUUGGGGUGGUCACCUCUCGCAGCAUGGCUUUUGCCACGAUCAACUCAUCGGUGCCGGCCAAGAUUCCGGCCAUUGAGGACGCCUUUGCCGCCGAGCCAGCACUCAAGAAACGGGUUUACGAUGCGAUCGGUGCGUACGGGUCGCUCAGGACGACAAGCUACAUUAACCUCACAACCCCAUACAAUAGUCAGAAUGACCAACUGACGUCCAUCCCACAAACAGCACAUACCCCGCAACAUGUACCUCUUUUCGAAGACAUCGCUAAAUAUACCUCCAGCCUGCUGGCCAGGACUGCAACCGGCCCCGUUCGGCCUGUGGAGGUUGUCAGCGACGGCCCGGCUCUGAAGAAACGGAAGCUACAAAAUGGAGAUGCUACAAAUACCCAGUCCUCGGGCGAUGUGAAAGCCGACACACCACUGCUAUUCUACAUGCAGGAUGUUUCCUUUGCUGUUCCCCAGCGAAAGAAGCUAACGCUUGAGGUCACCGCCGGCCACGGGUUCCUACGGGCGAGGAACCAGACCUCGAAGGAGGUGGAAUUUGGUAUACAAUUGGACAAGAUACAGCAUGUCUUGUGCCUUCCCGUCCCCGAGAAGAAUCAGCGACAAUUCAAUUUCUGCAUUAUUCCCCAGUACGCGGACGGAGUUAACUCACCACCGGAAGGUGUAACUGCUCCCGAAGCCAUUGUGUGGACAGUCGCCGACGGCCCUCCCAAAGCGGCAUUCUCAGGCGAUGGGAAACAGCUUGGAACGAAUAAUGAUGAGACUACGGACAAAAUUGUUCAACGAGUGUUGAACGACAAUCUGUCGCAGACUAAGGUUGUGCGCCCGGAUGAGCGACAGUUUGUGAGCGCUAUGCCCGAGGCUCAUCGCAAGGGGGAGAAGGCCUACCACGUCAAGGCCUUCCGCGGGAGUAAAGAAGGUUACCUUUUCCUUCUCUCUACGGGAAUACUCUUCGGGUUCAAGAAACCAUUGGUCUUCUUUGCCUUCGAAAACGUUGACUCAAUUUCAUACACGUCUGUGCUGCAGCGAACCUUCAACCUUAACGUCGUGGCUCGACCUACGUCAAGCGAUGAGACGCAGGAGUUUGAGUUUUCUAUGAUUGACCAAGCAGACUUUGCCGGAAUUGAUGAGUAUAUCAAGAAACAUGGUCUGCAGGAUGCCAGCCUCGCUGAAGCGCGGCGUGCAAAGCGAUACAACGUCAAUGGUGCUAAGGCAGAAGAUGAUGCUGCUGCUGUCAAUGAGGAAAGGGGCGCUGAAGGGGAAAGUGAACUACAAAAAGCCCAACGCGAGCUCGAAGACCAAGAGGAUGAGGACGAGGAGGAUUAUGAUCCUGGCAGCGACAGCGACAGUGACGGAAGCGGCUCUAGCAGUGAUGACGAUGACGAUCAGGAUGAAGAGGGCGACAUGGAAGAGGACGACGAAGAAGAAGAGGGAGAAGAGGACCGAGACCUGGUGGCACAGGAACUCGGCAGUGAAGCCGAAGAUGUUCCUGCGGAGGAGUUGUGAGAGACCGCCUUUUAUGACUGUUGUUGUAUGAAUAGGUGAUUGCUGCUACCGUCACACCAACACUCUGUGUAUGGUGAUGUGUAUCCGACAAUCGCGUGGCUAAGACAUUGUACUGGUGACCAGCCUGUUACACUACAUCAGGCCCCUCAAAAGGAUGAAUUUUGGGGGAAAGUUCAGGGCAGGCCAUGCUCCCGCAUUAUCUAGCAUACGCGCCUGUAGUUCUGUAGAGUUUGACGAGGCUUCCCACGUCUGAUGUACUGGGUUGGGGACGAGGAUCCGUUUCAAGGCUGCAUGGAGUCCGUUUCAACUUGGCAAGCAUUGCAAGCCAAUGGAAAAGGACAAAUCCAUGCACAGGCAUCCAGUGGGCGGUGGGUCAUGGACGUGUCAGAUGCGUCUAAAAUGGAGGUGCCACUGGUGGAUGUGCCACCUACCUAAGUACGGAUU